AUGGCCGAGCCUUCUACCGAGCCAGGCGGUGAGACCGAUCUCCCGUCGUGCGAGGGCUGUCGAAAACGGAAGCUCAAGUGCUCUCGGCAGCGUCCUCUGUGUUCCAAUUGCGAAAAAUACAAUACUGUCUGCUUGUACGAAGCCCGGAGGAACAAGCCGGGGCUCAAGACGGGGGCCGUAGAUGCUCUAUCUCAGAGGCUGCAGGUAAUUGAGAAUUACUUAUUCAAUAGAGAGCACGAGGAAGGUGACGAUGAACGCCCGUCAUCACUUCCGAACGCCGCAGGACAAGGUCCGCCGUCGGGAGGCACCAACAACAGUAGUAUAACUGCAGCACCAGUCCUGGGUAUCCUUACCUCAUUGGCAUCGGAAAUCCAGAAGCUAAACUCCAACAUCGUUUGGUCCCAAGACAAUUUACAAACUAACUCACAUCUUGCAAAUGCUGAGCCUCAGCCUCAGCAAAGAAAGCGGAGGAGGCUUGGCAUACAGGAAGAGCCCUUGCAAGCAUGCGAUGUUGAUGACGAAACAGUCGAUAGUCUCCCAAGUAAUGCUCUCCUCGACGCUAUCAUGGACUUCUACUUCCUCCGUAUUCAGCCAUGGAUACCUCUCAUACACGCGCCAAAGUUCCAGCGGGAAGUGCAAUCACAUGACGGCCGCCAACGUAAUGCAGUUGUCUUGCAUGCCAUGAUUGUGGCUACACUAAGGCAUCUCUCUCCGGAUGUUCACGGCCUUUCAAGAGAAACAGUGAAGGCGACCAUAAAAAGAUCUCGUGAUUACGUCUUAAGGGCCGCAAUGAGUGGCUUGUCAGUGGAAAAUCUACAGGCAUUUGCCAUUGUUGCUUUUAUACACAUAGGAAGUGGAGAAUCAGCAAGGGCUUGGCCGAUCAUAGGUUCAAUGACCAGAAGCGUUCAAUAUUUGCAGUUGAGCGUUGAGUCUGAGGAUACUAAACAAAGGAACUCGUUUCUUACUUCCUUGCCGACGCUACCAGACCCCGAGAAUUGGGUUGAAGAAGAGGAAAGAAGAAGAGUAUUCUGGAAUAUCUUUAUUCUCGACAGAUUCUGUUCGGUAACAACAGGAUGGAACAACAGUCUAACCGCAACAGACGUGAGUAGGAGACUCCCGGUUUGUGGUGGUAAAUGGUACAACGAAACGCCUUGUUUGACCCCCUACUUCGGCAUCUGGUCGCGAUCAGCUGCAUCUCUGGGCAACUCCAUUACGUUCUUACCAACCCACUAUGCCAGCCCGUCCAAAGCCUCAAAUACGGAUAGCGGAGCCGUGGAGUCCCCCGUCCCGAUACGUCAACGGGCAAAGCCGGAUGCACCACUGGACAUUUCCAAUAUUGGGGCAUUUGCAUAUUAUAUCGAGUCCAUUGAGUCCCUGAGCCGAGUAAACACGUACUUCCUCCAACAGGAAGUUGACUUUGGAGAUAAGCAAGAAGUCCUUAGCUGGCUGACCCGAUUCAAGGAGCUUGACUUGAGACUGGUUCACUGGAAAAUGUUCCUUCCCAAUCAGUGGAAAGACUCCGGAGCCUCUAGAGAAGCAAUGCCCGGCAUCAUGGAUCCCAAUAUGACCGCAGCAAAUGCCACACAUAAUGUUUCCAUGAUACUUCUCCAUCAGAAGAUUGCAUACCCUGGCCCAGAGCUGGCCGGAAUAAAGCUACCAAGUUCUUGCAGUGCAGAAACGUGCCUAAGUGCCGCUGUUGAGACAGCUAAUAUCUGCAACCAGUUUCUGGAACAAACUACCAAGGAGGUUCUUGUCACUCCUCAACUCGGAUUCUGUGCGUUCAUUAGUGCUAGGAUUUUGUUAGUGCACUGGAGGUAUACUCGUACAGAGCUCCCCCGCGAAUUCUGGUCCAUGGUGCUCAAUCUGGAAGAAAUGUCCCGCCGCUGGUCUGGUGAUGAUGAUCCCAUAACAUUGUUCUUGCAGUUUGCACUCCGACUGAGAGACUUGCACGAGAAAUGUAUCCGAAACCCGCAUUUCAAGAUUGAUCUUCUCGGUGAUUCUGAGGAAGCAAUUUGGGUCGAUGAGCUUCUACGCGUCACACCAAGGUUGGCAGCUGGAACAGAGGGCGGCUCUGGUCGUGGAAUGUCAUCAGGACGGAAUGCUCCCGAAUUUCGGCAAUUCAACUCUCAGGCAGACACUGGGGUCCUAGGCAGCAGUCUGCCAGGACCUAUCACCAUGGAGAGUGACGUCCAGCAAUGGGCAGCUACAACAGGGCGCGAGCUAGAUGAGUCGAACGACGACUUAAACGCCAUUUCGGAGCUUCUCCUGGGACAAGGCUUCUCCAAUAUGGAUCGUGUCAUAAGUUUUGAUGACAUGGCCUUGGCUCAGAAUGGCGAGCAAUGGAAUGAUUCAUCGCAACCACAGGGAUGGUAA